UGGGAACCGACAAAUGUCCAAGAACCAAUAUCCGCGUCCGGUGUCUCCCCAAAAUUCAUACUACUGUGCUUACGCUUUACACACACUCCCAUCCAAUUCUUCAUUUCUUAGCCAAACCGUCCCCUCCCAAUAAAAAACAAACUACCCAAUCGUCAAAGUAGCCGUUCCUCUAUCUGUCUCUCUCUGAGCUUCUAGCUGCUUCUCUGUCUUCUUCUACUUCCUCUGCUUUCCUGCUCUGCUUCCUAUAGCUGGAAAUUAUGUAAAGAAAAGUCUUAAGAACAAGCCUCAAGCUCAAGCUAAUUUCUGGGUUUCGUUUAUUUAGCAGCAGAGAAGAGAGAUAGAGAGAGGGAAAUGGCUAUGUGCAGGGUAUUUGCCGUUGUGUUCCUUGUCUACAUUGGGUUGCUAGUGAGCUUAUGCUCAGCUGGAGAUCCAUACGUUUUCUACAACUUUGAGGUCUCUUACAUUACUGCUUCACCUCUUGGCGAGCCUCAGCAGGUUAUUGCUGUAAAUGGCAAGUUCCCUGGCCCUAUUAUAAAUGUGACCACCAACGACAACGUGGUUAUCAAUGUUAGGAACAAAUUGGAUGAGCACCUCCUGCUGCAUUGGUCUGGAAUUCAGCAGAGGAGAAGCUCAUGGCAAGAUGGGCUUCCUGGCACAAACUGCCCAAUUCCACCAAAGUGGAACUGGACUUAUCAGUUUCAGGUCAAAGAUCAGGUUGGGAGCUUCUUCUACUUCCCUUCGCUCCACAUGCAGAGAUCUUCUGGUGGAUUUGGAAGCUUCAUUAUCAACAACCGAGCCGUUAUCCCGAUUCCUUUCAAUACUCCAGAUGGAGACAUUGUCAUUAUGAUUGGUGAUUGGUACAAGAGGAAUCACACGGCUUUGAGGAGGGCCCUUGAUGCAGGGAGAGAUCUGGGGAUGCCUGAUGGAGUUCUUAUGAAUGGCAAAGGCCCUUAUCAAUACAAUACCACAUAUGUUCCGGAUGGCAUUGACCAUGAAACAAUCACAGUUCAUCCAGGAAAAACGUACCGAGUGAGAGUGCAUAACGUCGGAGUAUCAACCAGCUUGAAUUUCAGGAUCCAGAACCACAACAUGCUCUUAGCAGAAUCAGAAGGUUCAUACACAGUUCAACAGAACUACACUAGCUUAGACAUACACGUAGGGCAGUCCUAUUCUUUCCUGGUCACCAUGGACCAGAACGCAAGCAGUGAUUACUACAUCGUAGCCAGUGCCAGAAUGGUCAACGAGACGACAUGGAGAAGGGUGACCGGUGUUGCCAUCUUGCACUACACCAACUCCAAGGGGAAAGCAAGCGGUCCCUUGCCAACUGCGCCCCAAGAUGAGUUCGACAAGACUUUCUCCAUGAACCAAGCUCGAUCCAUCAGAUGGAAUGUUUCUGCUAGUGGAGCUCGUCCCAACCCACAGGGCUCAUUCAGGUACGGUUCGAUCAAUGUCACGGACGUGUAUGUGCUGAAGAACGUGCCGCCGGUGCAGAUUAAUGGGAAGAAAAGAACGACGCUUAGUGGGAUAUCAUUUAUCAAUCCUGCUACUCCAAUUAGACUUGCUGAUCAGUUUAAAGUGAAGGGAGUGUAUAAACUUGACUUCCCAAAUAAACCGCUUACUGGACCACCAAAGUUGGAGACAUCGGUUAUCAAUGGGACGUACAGAGGAUUCAUGGAAGUUAUUCUUCAGAAUAAUGAGACCAGAAUGCAGAGCUAUCACCUUAGUGGAUAUGCAGUUUUCGUUGUUGGGAUGGACUAUGGAGAAUGGUCAGAAAACAGCAGGGGAACAUAUAACAAGUGGGAUGGCAUUGCCCGUACAACUGUGCAAGUUUAUCCAGGAGCAUGGACUGCAAUCCUGGUAUCACUUGACAAUGUUGGAGUGUGGAACCUGAGAUCAGAGAACCUUGACUCGUGGUACCUUGGACAAGAAACUUACGUGAGAGUUGUGAAUCCUGAGGAGACGAACAAGACCGAGUUCCCCAUCCCUGACAACGCACUCUUCUGUGGCGCCCUUGGCAAAAUGCAGAAGCCACAAGACAUCUCUUCUGCAGCACGAUUGCUCUUCAAAGCCGGCAACUUUAGCGUACUGGUCACGUUGUUGUACUUUGUAUCUGCUGCAAUCUCCAUCUUCAGCUGAUUUUGUUUCUGAGAAGUCGUGAGUCUCUCUAGCUAGUGCUGGUAUUUGGUGUGCUGUAUUGAGGCAUUCUCUUUGUUCAUGGCGGUUUGCUGGGUUUGUUGAGAGUGGGGUUUUAGGGGUCUGUAAUUUCUAGUGGGGGUGGUGGCUGUCGAUAACAACAUUGUUAAAUUUUUUUCUGGGUUCCCCAUGAAUUUUUUUACUUGUAAUUUCUUCUAGCUUCUUUAACUUAUUGGGAUCUGUCUAUUCUUUCAAAUUAAAUACAUUUAAUCUGUAUCUGUGUAUGUAUUCAUUCAUUCCCCAGUUACCAAACACAACCAGUUAUUCCAUGGUGAAAUGUUAGCUUCCUUACUGCGGCUGAAGCUUCUGGCAUGCAGGUACAUUCAUAUCUUUUUUCUUGGUGGGGGGUUAUGGCAUCAUGGGCUACCAGCAUAUCACUAAAGCUGGAUCCUUUCUGUCCCAUUUCUUCCUUGUGGUGGGGCAUUUUGGUGCUGUUUCUGUGAUUGUCCGUAAAUAAUGUGGAAAAGCUUUGCUGAAUUGCUUUCCGCACAAUUGCUCAUCAUGUCUGUUCUUUAUAGUGUCUGCUUGUAUUUCCGUUCAGAGACUUCUUUGGUGUAAGAAAAAUUCGAUCGAGUUGAUUAGUUGAACAAGCAAACGGAGCAGGGGACACUCGGUCUGGAUCAUUAGUCAACAGUCCAAAAGAUGGAUUUAUUGGGCCGAACGGAGUCAGGGUAAUUGGAUGACAUAAUAUGCCUGCCCAUUUUUGUAAAUAAAAUGGGCUCUCUACCUCCCGCUCGUAGAAUCGGCCACAGCACUGUAAGUAAGACAUUGGGAGUGAUAAGGGAGAAAUACACUCAGCAACUACCUCUCCACUUCUCCUUCUUUCUUCAUUUGUUACUGUUAGUAUUCUGUUCAGUAGUUCCUUAGUUUACGUUUAGUGGGGAAUCAUGUUUCCAUAGGAAUAGCUGUUUGUUGAAUUCUCAUUGUAUAUACACCCAUCAAAGAUACAAUUACAACUCAGGUUUCUGAGACACUUUCAUGGUAUCAGAGCUUUUUGCUUAACAGUCUACCUACCGAUCCAGUAAGCCUAAACACAUUAUUUUCUUCUCGCCGUUGCGAUGUGCGCCCACUCUCUAGGCUAACAAGCCUUCAUCGAUCAGUCAAAAUCUCACUUCUAUGUUUUCCUUUCUCCCAAAUCAUUCGAGAAGCUCCCCAUGUCCCAACUAUCUCCUUUCCCUGAAAUCCCUAGCUAGUGACAAAUCUCUUCUCCCAAAUCCAGUCUGCUCGCUUUAAUCAUUCACUCGCAAAUGAGAAUCUUUGCCCGUCCGCCGUCUAUUCGACCGUCUGUCCGUAUAUCCUGUCAAAGCUCCACGCUCGCAAGUCGGCAGGAUCCGCAUCUAUCUCAUCUUAGUCCCAGACCCAAUCAAAAUCCAAUCUUUCCCUUUCUAUCUAUAAGCCUUCUCUUGCGACUCCGCCCCAUAAGAAUUGUUACCACAAAUUGCUUGCAAUAGCUUUUGCACUCCCCUCUCCUAAACUUCGCCAUGAAGACUUCGUUCCCUCUUUGAAGCCCCCUUCCCCACUUGCCAAAAACCUCUGUUUUCCUUUCGAUCUUCUAAGUUCUAAUCCUGCUCCGAACAAAGACGAAUCCAAAACCUUUACUUCGUCCCGUUGUCCGUCUGUCCAAGAGAACCAUAACCCAGUCGGCGUUCCUCUCUCUCUCACAAACUUUGCAGCUCACUUCUUCCUUCGAUCUCACCGCUGCAUUUCUCUUACAAAACCCUUUCCUUUCUUCCGAACUCUCUUUCCUCUAUCUCUGCCAUCUCAGCUUCACCGACCUGUUCAUUCAGUUCGUGUCUCGGAGGCGUCUUCAUCCUCUGUUUUGCUUGCAGGAGACUUCUUAGCACCAACUCUACUUAUUCUUCUCCCUUGCUAUAAAUCCUCAUUUUAACC